CAGAAGCACAAACAAUUCUAGAGAAACUACAGUGAUUCUCAGUCUGCACCAAAGUGUGUGCAGCUAAAUGGCAGCAGCCAUGGACUCAAUCAGUUGUUCAAUAUGUCUGGAUCUACUGAAGGAUCCAGUCACUAUUCCCUGUGGACACAGUUACUGUAUGGGCUGUAUUAAAGACUGCUGGGAUCAGGAUGAUCAGAAGGGUGUCCUGAUCAGCUGUCCCCAGUGCAGACAGACUUUCACCCAACYGCCUGUUCUAAACAGAAACACUAUGUUUGCUGAUUUGGUGGAGAAUCUGAAGAAGACAGGACUCCCAUCUACUCCCCCUGCUCACUAUUAUGCUGGACCUGGAGAUGUGGCGUGUGAUGUCUGCACUGAGAGAAAACUCAAAGCUGUCAAGUCCUGUCUGGUGUGUCUGGUCUCUUACUGUGAGACUCACCUCCAGCCUCACMAUGAAUCUCCUGCCUUUAYGAAGCACACGCUGGUCAAAGCCUCCACACAACUAGAGGAGAAGAUCUGCUCUCGUCAUGACAAACUACUGGAGAUGUACUGCCGUACUGAUCAGCAGUUUAUCUGUCUGCUGUGUGUGGUGGGUGAACAUAAAGCUCAUGAUACAGUCUCAGCUGAAUCAGAAAGGACUGAGAGACAGAGCCAGCUGGGGGAGGAACAGCAGAAAUCCAAACAGAGAAUCCAGAGGAGAGAGAAAGAGAUACAGGGGGUGAGACGUGCUGUGAAGUCACUCAAGAACUCUGCACAAGCAGCAGUGGAGGACAAUGAGAGAAUCUUUACUGAGCUGAUCCGCUCAAUUGAGAGAAGGUGCUCUGAGGUGAAGGAACAAAUCAGAGCUCAGGAGAAAGUUGAAGUGAGUCGAGCUGAAGGACUCCUGAAGCAACUGGAGCAGGAGAUGGCUGAGCUGAGGAGGAGAGAAGCUGAGCUGGAGCAGCUCUCACACACAGAGGACAACAUCACAUUUCUCCAGAGUUUCCAGUCUCUCUGUGUCUUUCCUGGAUCUGAGGUCUUACCCUGCAUCUCUGUCAACCAGCACAUCUCAUUUGAGGAUGUUAAGAAAUCAGUCUCUGGGCUGAAAAGUCAAGUUGAAAAGAUCUGCUCUGGGGAAAUUGCCKAAAUCUCUGUAAACGUGACAAAAGUCCACAUUGUUACACCUUCUGAGCCCCAUUAUCCUCCGUCAUUUGGGAAGCCUCAGUCUGGACUGUCAGUUGGAGGACUAGCAUCACGUAGGAAUGACAUCACCUGUCAGGAGACAAGGCCUGAACCCAAGACCAGAGAGGAAUUCUUGGAAUAUUCCUGUCAGCUCACAUUGGAUCCCACCACAGCCCAUACAAAUCUGUGUCUGUCUGAGGGGAACAGAAAGGUGACAUGUAUUAACAAGGUCCAGUCCUAUCAUGACCAUCCAGACAGUUUAACCACCAACUACCAGGUGUUGUGUAGAGAGGGUCUGUCUGGAGUCUGCUACUGGGAGGUAGAGUGGAGUGGGUGGGGGGUUAUUAUAGCUGUUUCAUAUAAAGGGACAAGCAGGAGAGGUUUUGAUGAGUGGUUUAUCAUCAGUAAUCAGGCCUGGUGUUUGAUGUGUAGUGUCUUUGGCUACUCCUUCGUUCACAAUAGUAAACAGACUGACAUAUCUGUCCCCUGCUCCAGCAGAAUAGGAGUCUACCUGGACCACAGGGCAGGAACUCUGUCUUUCUACAGUGUCUCUGACACAAUGACCCUCCUCCACAGAGUCCAGACCACAUUCACUCAGCCCCUCUAUCCUGGGUUUUUUGUCUCUAGUGGAUCUGUAAAGAUACUGACACCAAUACAGUAAUGAACUUUGUUUAGAAUACRAUUUUUUUAAAUGUAUUUUACCUUUAUUUAACUAGGCAAGUCAAAUUCUUAUUUACAAUGACAGCCUAGGAAC